AAAUAAACAUCAAUUAGAAAAGCAUAAAAGAGACACACAACAAAACGGCCGAUUCCGUGUGGUGUGUUGUUCGCUAGUUUACGAUUUUUUUCCGGAUUGCUCUUUGGGCUUCUGGUUCCGCGGAUUUGUCGGGGUCUCUCCUAGGGUACCAACUGAUUUUUUGGUGCGGGCGGGCGCGAGAUUUUGAGCCGAGGAGGUCCCCAAGUUCCUUAUCUACGGUGGACCAAACACCGCCAACAAGAAGAAACCGCAAAACGCAAUCACCCAGAACUGGUCAAAUCAAGGAAAAAGAUAGUGAACCUGCUACUGUUCGGAGCAAAAGCAGCCAAAACCGGACGAAGUGGACAGUCAUAACAAAUCGUAAAAUUUUAUAGUUCUUGUAAUUUACGAGCCGCGCGCCAACAGAACAUCGUUCCGAGUGCCGGUCAGCGGAAGUUGGGGUAAAUGCAGGGUGGUUGCACUCGGAUGUGGAUUGUUAUUGAGUAACCGUGAAUUCGAACCAUUACUAGUAAUAUUAUCAUCUACCGCUAAUCGGGUUGUAUGAUUUGUGGUGACCCAGGUUCAGGAACCACUUACUACAGAGCUCAUGAGGAUCCGACGGAUCCUAGCAGGCUGAAAAUACCCCAUCAAAGCCAACUUAGUUUAAAAUACCUGAGUGAAAGUGAAAAGCCUACUUUGGCCAAAAGAAAAGCUGAAAAAUAAACAAAACAAAAUCCAAUAGCAAGUGUUCCUGAGUUAAGCCAAAUUUUUCCCCCAUAGGUGUUGUAGUUAAAAUCAAACUAAACGAAACCGUACUCAACCGAUCGCGAAGAAUAUUUUCCAAGUGGAAAAAAAAUCACGAAAAGUCAACGUGGAAAGCUGUUGUGCAAUUUUUUAAUCGUUCGUCUCAAACAAGAGAGAAAAGUAUUGUUUUAUUUUUUCGCUCCGGUCUCCAUAGCAUUGGGGAAGUGUAAUAGUUAUUUUUACAAAAAGAGAGAAAAAAAGUAAGCAUAAGUCCCAACGCAGUGCAACGCAGCUAAAUCUAGUGGAACCCAAUAAAACCAGUGCUAAUAAUAAUACUCAGUAAGUAAGUUUUUGGUUUCUUUUUCCACCCGGGAAAGGAAAAGUCAAAUCUGGAUGCUUCCAUAUUCGUCCGAUUGAAUGGUGUCGGAAGUUUUAAGUUUUUAUUUUUCUAAAUAAAUGUAAGAAAAAGUUUUAUUUUCCUGUUUGAAAAGUUUUUUGUUGAGUGAAUAAAAGCUAGGAGGAAAAUUCUAUCACCAGUGAAAAGUCCUCUUUGCCGCAGAAUUGUGAUUAGUGAAUUUUGGCCGUACUGAAACCGAGGCAACGUCGUAUACGAUCUUCGUCGCUUUAUUGGAUAUGAUUAUAUAUUUCAUAGCAUUGGAUUACUGAAAAGGAUAUACAAACACAAUGGAUUACAUCUAGAAAACCAACAUCAAUGAAAGGAUUUAGAGAAUUCAAAAGAUAAAUCAUCCGUCGUCUUUAUCGAUUGUACCCGCUAAAUAGCGCUCGUGGAGGAUCUCCAUCAACAUACGUCAUCAACUGUGUCAUCGCGCGCCUGUUCAUCAUCAGCUAAGGAAUACGGAAUUGUGUAGUAGAUCGUCAGGCUUCUGCUAGUAACCGCCACAUCACCUGCUCCCGGAAGGCUUUGUCGGAUAAUAAGUUUGUCGCCUACUUAGUUCAGCGUGUUGUGUUAGAACGCUGCUUAGUUCCCGUCGAUAAAGAAGAGAGCAGCAGUAGUGAGUGGGCUCCUAUUGUGAUUGUGUUUUUAAAUUUGAGAAGCUACUCUCCCAGUUGAAAAAGAGCGAGAGAUAUAAUCGUAUAUUUAUAAAUAAGAGAGAGAGAGAGUGAUAAAAAAAGUUUGAGAGAGCGUGAGCGUGAGUGUUUGAAGAAAUCAGUCGGAAAAAGGCAAAAUAUAUACAAGCAAGUGUGUUUUUACGUCAACGUGUGUGUGUCGUCGAAAAAUCUGUAAAAAGUCAUCAACCAGUCCUACCGUGUAAGCUCCUGUAAGAUUGUUUACUGGAUAAUCGAGAGUGCGCAAAUUAUUUUAGGGAGCAGUUCAUUCAUCGCAUGCCUGGCAUCAUCUAAUUGUAGGGUUUUCUUCUUCGUUUGGGAAGAAGAAUCAAAGUCAAUACACAAUAAGGAAAAGCUUUUGUGAUAGUUUUUGUAUACACCCCCACAAUACACACGUACGUACACGUAGUUUUAAGGUUAAAGUUAGCGUAAGAGCAGCGUUACUAAAUAGUAUUAGUGUGUGUUUGGUUGAAGUCAACCUGAGCACAUCGUCAGAGGAGCAAAUCGCGUGAGUGCGAGAGAAAUUUCUUGGAGAAAAGUCAUCUAUUGGGACAGAUGAUUGAUCACGCUUGAAGCGGUGUUCUAGUAAUUUUAGUCCAUCCAAGAAGUCUCUGCAUCCCGUCGCCUAGCAACCAGCUUACAAAACCAAAAUUUUCACAAUGACGAUGAGUACAAAUAACUGCGAAAGUAUGACGUCAUACUUUACCAAUUCCUACAUGAAUUCAGACAUGCACGGCCACUAUCCGGGCACCGGGGUCGAUGGGCUGGACACGAGCCAGCAGAUGUACCACCACAGCCAAGGCCAUGCGGCUCAGGGCAACAUGCCGCCGUAUCCGAGGUUUCCGCCGUACGAUCGGAUGGGCUACUACCAGCAGAACAUGGACCCGGCCGGAUACGCUCGAGCGGACAGUCCCAACAGCCAGGUCGGCGGAGUGAUACCCCAGCAGCAGACCAACGGCAACCCACUGCAGCAGACCCAGGUACCCCCGCAGCAACAGCAACAGCAGCAACCGAUCGUCUACGCCAGCUGUAAGCUACAGGCCGCCGUCGGCCACAACGGACCGAAUGGUUUGGGCUCCUACGAGAAUGGUUCGCCCCCGCUGGAACAGAUGGGACACCACAUGAACACCGCCCAAAUGACAAUACCUCAGCAUCACAUGGGUCACGCCCAGGGACAGGACUGCUACCCGCCGGAACAGGUGCACCCGAACCCGCAGCACAUGGGCAUGUACGGGAAUGCCGGCGGUGGACCGCCCGGCGUCGUCCCGCAGCAACCCCCGAACAUGAUGGGCCACCAAGGUCAGCCCCCGCAGCUACACCAGGGCCAACCCGCGCCCCCCAACAGCCAAAACUCAAGCUCCGGUCUCGCCUCCCCGCUCUACCCCUGGAUGAGGAGUCAGUUCGGAGAGAACCAAUCCUGGGCCGCGUUCGUCGUUAGUGGCCCUGCCUGGAUGAAUGGUGUCAGUCAGCCAGAGUUUAGACGCGGCGCUCCACAUUAA